GCAAAGAAGAAGAAGAAGAAGCUGUAAAAGAAUCGAGUUGUCUACAAGGAGACACUAACUACAAGACAUCAUGAAGGCUCUAACUCUCCUCUCCAUCUGCGCUCUUCUCUCAGUGUGCUGGUCCAUGGGAGCGGUGGAACCCGAGGUUGUCGUGGACCCCGAUGCCGACACAGCUGCUGAUGUUGCACCUGCUGACCCUGCCGCUUCUGAUUCCUCCUCCGCUUCCGACUCCUCUUCCUCCUCUGAGUCCGAUUCCGCCUCAUCUGACUCUUCCUCAGACUCUUCAGCAUCCGAUUCAUCAUCCUCAGAGUCCUCUGAAUCCUCUGAGUCCUCACAGUCUUCAGAGUCCUCUGAAUCUUCCGAGUCCUCUGAGUCCGACUCCUCUGCAUCAGACUCUGGCUCUGACUCUUCUUCAUCAUCAUCCUCAUCCUCAUCUUCCUCAGAGUCAGCCAGUUCUGAGGCCAAUCCAGUGGUGAUGAAGAGAGAUCUGGCCGCUGUUCUUCUGAGAAGCCGAAGAGCCGCUCCAGCUGGUAACCUCUCCCCUCUGCAGCUGGAAAGCCUCAGAGAGGUGUGUGAGCUGAACGUUGCCUGCGACGAGAUGGCCGACACUUCCGGCAUUGUGGCCGCGUACACCGCCUACUAUGGUCCCGUCCCUUUCUAAGUUAAAAAAGAUCUCUGUCAUUCAUAUGUGUACUGUUUUUCUGUCAUUUUCUUAUGCAACAGUGCAACAACUCCCCUAAAUCAGAAGCAGAACACAAAAACCAUGGUUCAGAACCAUGCUAUGAUGCUACACAGAGAAUUUCUUUAGGCACAAAUUAUUGCACAAGUGGCCAGCUAUAGUGGUCCUGAAAGAAACUGCCUCUUCCAGGCUUUCAGAGAGAGGCACAUGGAAACACAAGCCUGUGAAGUAUGUUAUAGUAGCCCACACAAGUUUUAAAUUAUUCUUUUCAUCUGUAGUGUAAUGCAGUGAAUGGUGCUACAAGUGCAAAUGUAUUGUUUCGUUUUUCUUUUUUUUUCUUUUGAUGUACUGAUGUUUUGAUAUUAUGGAUAGUCUUACUUUAAGUGGUAGUUCAAGUGAGUAAUGGAUGUAGUCGUAGAGGUAGUGUAGUGUUAGCAUUGUGUUGAUAGUGGUAGUGUACACUAUGUGUAAAAUGCACAUCAGUUAUCUGUUAUGACUGUAACCACAAAUUGCCUCUGGGUUUGAAAAUAAUA